AACGUUUCCAACAAAUGACGUCUGUCAAAAAUAUCAAAAUAAAUAUUGUUUGUCUUAUCAGCUGUUGUUGUUGUGGUACCUUUUUUUAAGAACUCCAUGAAGAUUUAUUAAGAUUAUAAUAGAAUGGGGAAUCAAUUAGUAGGAAUAGCCCCUUCGCAAAUUUUCCCUGUAGAACACUAUUUAGCUGAACACAGUGAUUAUAAGUUUGACUCAAGUUUGGGAAGCACACGUUUCUUAAAAGUAGCUAGAGCAAAAUCACCGGAAGGUUUCGUCGUAGUAAAAGUAUUUGCUAUUCACGAUCCUACAUUACCCUUACAACCGUACAGAGAAUGUUUAGAACAAAUUCGUUCAAAACUAACUACAGCCAUAAAUUGUUUACCAUUUCAAAAAAUUGAAUUACUUGAUAAAGCUGGAUUUCUCACUCGAGAGUACGUUAAGUUUAGUUUGUACGAUCGAAUUAGUACAAGACCGUUUUUAACAAAUUUGGAAAAACGUUGGAUAACAUUUCAAGUUUUAUACGCUUUGAAUCAAUGCCACAAAGUUGGAGUUUGCCAUGGUGAUAUUAAAUUGGAGAAUAUCACGAUUACUUCGUGGAAUUGGUUAAGAUUAGUCGAUUUUGCCCCUUUUAAACCAACAUUUUUACCUGAAGAUAAUCCUGCUGAUUAUACAUAUUUUUUUGAUACUUCUCGAAGAAGAGUUUGUUAUAUUGCACCAGAAAGAUUUAAAAAAUUAGUUACUUUAGACUCAACAAGUUUGUUUAAUGAAAAUAUUUGUAGUUCAGAUGAUUUGAAACCAUCUAUGGAUAUAUUUUCGGCUGGAUGUGCUUUAUUGGAAUUAUGGAAUGAAGGGCAUAGUCCUUUUGAAUAUUCUCAACUUUUAGCAUAUCGAAAUAAUGAAUACUCCCCACAAAGACAUCUUGAUAAAAUUGAUGACCCUUAUUUAAAAUCACUUCUCACCAGUAUGAUUCAAAAAGAUCCUACGCAACGUUUAUCUGCUGAAAGUUAUUUAUCACAAGAACGUGGGCGACUUUUUCCUCAUUAUUUUUACACAUUUUUGCAACCGUAUAUGUUGGAUUUUUCUGCAAGUCCGAUUUUAUCUUGUGAUGAAAAGAUGGCACGAAUAAAGAAGGAAGUUUCAAGUGUGGUUAAUUUGUUCUCUUCGAAACGAAGCGAUUGCGAUUUAAGUAAUGAAAUGAUUAUAGAUGUUGAUGACCAUGCAAAUCGUGCCGAUGGAUUGGUUAUUAUUAUUUCUUUGGUUACUUCUUGCGUGAGGGGUCUUCAUGAUUGUUCGGCAAAGUUACAAUGUUUAGAUGUAAUGUUAGAAUUGGCGAAACAUGCAAAUGAAGAAACUAUUUUAGAUCGAUUAUUACCUUAUAUGAUGCAUUUAACACAUGAUUCAAACCCAAGAGUGAAAGUGGUUGCAAUUCGAACCAUAACAACUUGUUUGGAUUUUGUUAAAGAUGUACCUAGAUCCGACGCAAAUGUGUUUCCUGAUUAUAUUUUACCGGGUUUAGCUCCAUUGGCGACCGAUAGGAAUGUUUGUGUCCGAACAGAAUUUGCUAAACACAUCGGGCAAUUAGCUCAUAUUGCGUUACAAUAUCUUCAUCAAACGGUUGUUGAUUGUAAUGAUAAAUCAAGCAGAACUAAUUCGCCGAAAAUUAAUUACGAUGCUGAGCUACAAGCUUUACACGAAAUGAUUAAACAAAUGGUUGGACCUUUAUUAUCAGACACAUCACCUUUAGUUAAAAGAACGUUAGUUAAUCAUAAUGUGGCCAAAUUAUGUAUGUUUUUUGGACAUCAAAUGUCUAAUGACAUAUUAUUAUCGCAUAUGAUUACAUUUUUAAACGAUAAAGAUGACAAAGAACUUCGUGCCACAUUUUUCGAUGCAAUCGUCGGAAUUGCUGCUUGUUUAGGUUGGCACAGCACCGCAGUUUUAAAACCUCUAUUUGUUCAAGGAAUGAGGGAUGUUUCCGAAUUUGUAAUCGUAAAAACAUUAAAAUGUAUGGAACAUUUAACAGAAGUGGCCCUAUUUCCCAAAGAAAUGAUGGUUGGGUUAGUUAUGGAGUGUUCUUUAUUUUUGGUACAUCCAAGUUUAUGGAUUCGGCAAUCUGCAGCUAAUUUCAUAACGAAACUCACCCAAACAAUGAAUAAUUUAGAUGUUGCAGUGAAAAUAAUGCCUCUUUUAACGGAAUCGCAAAAAUACGAAUUAAUUGAAAUAACGCAUCCUCAUAGAUUAUUGGCAUCAUUAAAAGAUCCAAUUCCAAGACCCAUUUAUGAUAGCGUUCUUCGUUGCGCUGAUUUUGAAAACUUCAUUACUACUUUAAAUAGGAGAAAGGAAAUUAGAGAUAUGAUUAAGCAAGAUAAAGUUCCUGGGCAUCAAAUGUUAUCGGAAGCAACAGCAGCUACAAAAACGUUAAUAAGGCGAUUGGAAGAGUAUGGAUUAAAUGAGUUUAUUGAAGAUAGAUUAAUAAAAUACAAACAAAAAAUUUUGAGAUAUGGAAAACAUAAAAAACAUAUUGAUGAUAAUUUAAUGGAGGGGAAAAUUAUUAUUUUAACGGUUCCUAAUGCAGGUCAUGUUUUAAAUUUGGAGAGUAGAGUGACACAGAAACUUCCAUAUUCAAGUUCUGAUAAUUCCACAAGACAAAGUGAUGGUUCUAUAUCUGCUGUACAAGGAAAAGCUAAUUCGAGAUCAUCAUCACCAACUCACACCACAGAACCUUCAUCAAACUUUAGUGUCCAUGAGCGAUCAUAUGUACAAUAUAGAACAUCAGAUUGUAGUACAGAAUUACGUCGAUUACUUUUAAGGCAACAAGAUAAAUACAGUGAAGCUUUACGAUGUAGAGAAUGGGCAAUAAACACAGCUUGGGAAACUCCGAUUCCUCCGCCCGGUUGGAAAUUAAAAGGUUCCUUGAUAGCUCAUCUUCACGAACACAAAGGUGCGGUUAAAAAAUUGGUUCACAUCCCGGAUUCGUCGCUUUUCGCUAGCGCUUCUAAAGACGGAUUCGUCCGCGUUUGGGAUUGCGCGAAAAUCGAAGGGAAAAAUAUAGCGAAUAGAUCCAGGCAAUGUUAUCGAUUUCCCGGAAAUCCGAAAUUAACGGGAUUAGCUGUUUGUGGGAAUAAAGGAACCAUGGCUGCUUCAUCAGUUGAUGGGUCGGUUUUAGUUUUACAAAUCGAUAGUGGAAGUAGUAGAUUAUCUUUAAGCGAAGUGAGACAUUUGGAUCGGAAACGAGAUGUAAAGGCGCUUGAGUUACAAUAUUGGGAUUCAGGUCCACAAAGCGUUCUUGUUUAUUCGACGUUAUUCGGGUCUUUGGUCGGUUGGGACUUACGAUCCCCGAGGGAGGCUUGGAGGCUGGAGAAUGGGAUUAAAAGAGGUUACCCGACCAGUUUCUGUGUCAAUUCCCAUCAGAGUUGGGUUACCGUCGCAACGGACUUUGGAUAUCAUAUCACUUGGGAUCUUCGAUUUCAAUUACCCGUUUCUACAAUCAAACAUCCUAGUGGCGCGAGAGUACGUAAAGUUCUUUGUCAUCCCAAAAGAGAUUCUUGGAUCAUAGCCAGUUAUCAAUCAAAUAAUGAAAUUACAAUGUGGAACGUUGAGACUGGUGCUAGAGAAAAAGUUUUAUGGACUAGUGCAGCACCUCCAUUAUCAGUUAAUAAUAUGAAAGAUGAAGGAAUCUGGACAAUGUAUACAGGUUUAAUAGACAGAAAUGGAUUUUUAUUAGCUGGUGGUCACGAUGGACGCGUUCGUUAUUUCGAUUUAGAAGACCCUCCAAAUUCUAGAAUUGCUAUUCACAAAGCCAUCGAUCCAUUAAUGGGUUGUACCGUGAAAUACCAUGAACGUUUAAUCGACGGUAUUCCUGUCGUUGUUGAAACGUUACCUUCAAUAUUAGACGAUAAAAAGAAUGCGGGAAAAGCAGACGAAGUUCCUCGAGCUGGUCCAGAACCCCCACCAAUGGGCCAUAUAAAUUCAAUCACUGAUAUUACCAUUUGUAAAGCUUCACAAUGUUUUAUGGUCACCGGAUCAAUAGAUGGUGUGAUUAAAGUGUGGAAAUAAAGUUGAUUCAUCAAAUUGAUCAAUUAUCAUUGUUUAUUAUGUAUUUAUAGUUGGUUAAUAAGCAUAAAAGUGAUCAACUAUUAAGAAGUAUUCUAUAAACAUGGUUACUAUUAUAAUAUUUUUUUGUGGAUGUAUUUAAUUAGUUAAUCCGAUUCGUUUUUAAGUGUAAUAAAUAAAGUUUUAUUUA